AAUUAAAUAAAAAUCAAAUAAUGAAACGUAAAAAAAAAAAAAAACUAAAACUAAAACUAAAACAGGAAGAAGAUAAAAGCGGGAAAAUUUCCUGCCAACCGUCAGAUUUUUCUUUUUUUUUUUUUUUCUCUUUCAAUGGCUUGCAGUGCCACUACUCAGCCUCUGUUGAACUUUGAACUCUCACACUCACAUCAACCAAAGAGACCUUACUCUCUCCCUUUAUGUUCCUUCAUUAAAAAGCCAAGACUUUCUCCAAAGCCCUUUUUCUCUCAAUCCAAAGAUUACACCAAGAUCAACAUUUUUUCAAGCCCAUCGCUGUUUUCUAGGCAGAAACCCGGAUCCCAUGUUGCUGCCCAGAGUGGUUAUUCUUCAGGAGAAGAAGCAGAGUCACUUUUACCUGACUCAGCUUACCAAGAGCCUUUUUCUUGGUCUUCAGUGAUUUUUCCAUUUUUGUUUCCAGCUCUGGGAGGGUUAUUAUUUGGCUAUGACAUUGGUGCCACCUCUGGUGCUACAAUCUCUUUGCAGUCACCUGAGCUUAGUGGAACUACUUGGUUCAAUCUCUCAGCUAUUCAGCUGGGUCUAGUGGUCAGUGGCUCGCUUUAUGGGGCCCUUCUCGGUUCCCUCCUUGUCUAUCCAAUUGCAGAUUCCCUAGGAAGGAGGAGGGAACUCCUCAUUGCUGCUUUACUAUAUGUGCUUGGUGGUGUGCUGACUGCUUUUGCUCCAGGCCUUAGUGUUCUCUUAGUAGGACGGCUACUGUAUGGCCUGGGUAUUGGAUUAGCCAUGCAUGGGGCUCCGCUCUACAUAGCAGAAACUUGCCCGUCUCAGAUACGUGGUACACUAAUAUCUCUAAAGGAACUAUUUAUAGUUCUGGGAAUUUUGUUGGGGUAUUUUGUGGGAAGCUUCCAAAUCAAUGCUGUUGGGGGAUGGCGAUACAUGUAUGGGUGUAGUGCCCCAGUCGCAUUAUUGAUGGGACUAGGAAUGUGGAGUCUCCCACCAUCACCACGUUGGUUAAUUCUCAGAGCGGUUCAAGGUAAAGGGUCUUUACAAGAACUCAAAGAGAAGGCCAUCCUUGCCCUAAGCAAACUUCGGGGUCAGGCUCCGGGUGAUGCAGCAUCUGAGAAACAAAUAGAAGAUACCCUAAUCUCAGUGAAGUCUGCCUAUAUGGAACAGGAAUCUGAAGGAAAUAUCUUGGAGGUAUUUCAGGGGCCAAGUUUGAAAGCCUUCAUAAUUGGUGGAGGUUUAGUCCUUUUUCAACAGAUAACUGGCCAACCAAGUGUUUUGUAUUAUGCUGGUCCAAUUCUACAGAGUGCUGGAUUCUCUGCAGCUGCUGAUGCUACCCGCCUUUCUGUUGUUGUAGGUUUGUUCAAGUUACUGAUGACUUGGAUAGCUGUUGCAAAAGUUGAUGAUCUUGGUAGAAGGCCUUUGCUGAUUGGAGGUGUUGGUGGGAUUGCUCUUUCCUUGUUUCUGCUCUGUGCUUAUUACAAAUUUCUUGGAGAAUUCCCUUAUGUUGCUGUAGCUGCUCUACUUCUCUAUGUCGGUUGCUAUCAGAUAUCUUUUGGGCCUAUCAGUUGGCUGAUGGUGUCUGAAAUUUUCCCUCUGAGAACAAGAGGGAAAGGGAUUAGUCUUGCAGUUCUCACUAACUUUGGUUCAAAUGCUAUAGUCACCUUUGCAUUCUCACCAUUGAAGGAGCUGCUAGGGGCAGAAAAUCUUUUCCUUCUUUUUGGUGGUAUUGCUCUGAUAUCACUUUUGUUUGUGGCCCUCUACGUCCCGGAGACUAAAGGUUUGAGUUUGGAAGAGAUUGAAUCCAAGAUCUUGAAGUGAAAAGCUCCAUGAUCCCUACCGUUGGUCAACAUAUCAGUGAAGACGGAAACAUGGUUGAAAAUAGUGAAGUGGUUUAUGAGUUGGAACCAUUUUGAGGAGUUGACAAAAGGUGGUUGGUUUUCAGUUUUCACUUCGGGCAUCUUGUAAAGUUUGGGGUAUACCCUAGACUUCAUAUAUUUGCUAUAUCGAUUAGACCUCAACCGAUAAGAAAAAAACCCCUCAUUUGAACAAGAAGGUAUUUUGUUUGUCUCAUUGAUUGGCGUAGCGAAGCAUUUUAUUUUGGGUUGGAGUUCAUUUGCCUUGUAAACUAAAGGGAGUACUAUAUUUUACAAAAUUUCAUUUGCCUUAUAGAUUAAAGGGUCGAAGGAGCAUUUUAUUUUUCAAA